AUGGGUCGUUUAUCAAAUCUAGUAACAACUAUGCUCUUAAUAGGCGUAGUGUUUGUAUUAUUACCUCCAAUUGAUGCAAGAAAACUUAAGAAUUUGGAUAUCCAGAAGAAGGGGGUUAACAUUAAUUCGUUGGAGGAUAGUUUGAUCUUAAAUGCUUUACCAAAGGGAACUCGAAAACCUUCAACGCCUAGCAAGAAAGCACAUUCGGUGAUUCUAGACAGAAAGCUCUCUGAUAAUACUCCUGUUCAGGACGACAACAACAACGAUCUUCAUGAUGUUCGAACUCUAGCGUCGGUGCCAAGUCCUGGAGUUGGUCACUAA